UACGCACACCUAGUCGUCCGGGUCUGGACAGCACGCUAGCCAACAGGCCGACCCCGCAGCUACCCACGCAUUCACCGCUCCGACAGGCGACGGCGAGUAUAGUAUCGCGCCGCAGCACCAGCAGCAGUGUGUCGUUCUUCUUCUUCUUUCUGCAGACGCAUCCCCUCCAAUUCCAUCCAAUCGCCGCCUCCUUUGCCGGCCGUUUGGUACAGUCGAUCGCUACGAUGCACCUCUUCACUAUGCCUUCCGCCAUGCUUGGUCUGGCUGCAUUCGCAUAUCUUCCAGCCGCCCUCGCAAAGCCUUAUCCCCCAGUCCACUUUCAAGACUUGGAAAAUUACCACAACUCGUCCCAAUCUGUGGAAAAACGAGCCUGCGAUGGAGUUUCCUGCGGUUACGGCGGCUGGCUAUGCUGCCCUUCAGGCUCAACCUGCUACACCGAUGCGCAGAACCAGGCGCAAUGCGGCGGCUCUGGCAACGCCAGCCCACAGGGAACAGGAGGUGUCUGGGAGUACCACACCACCACUUAUGUCGAGACGGUCGGACUCCUCACCAAGACUCAAGUCUUUAGCACUUACGUCCCUGCGACUGCGACACAGACUUGCAAGGACUCGCAAAAUCCAUGCGGCUCCACCUGCUGCGACUCGGGAUUCUACUGCCUCACUGCCGGCCAAUGCGCUCUGAUCGCUGGUGGAAGUUCUGGAGGUAUUUCACCCUCCGCUCCUCUACGACCCACUGGCUCAGGCGUUGUUAUAGUCACCUACACUGGCACCCCAACCGCGACAGUUCCCUUCCAGACUCCAAUUCCCACUGGCGCAGCCGGCAACGACCUCGUUCCCACUGAGGGUCAAAACAACGGUCUCAGCGGUGGCGCCAUUGCCGGUAUCGUCAUUGGUGUCAUCCUGGGCGUUUUGCUGCUGCUUCUGUUGUGUCUUUUCUGCUGCGCCCGCGCCCUCUUCGACACUCUUCUCGCCAUUUUUGGUUUCGGCAAGAAGCGCAAGCACAGCCACGAGGAAACCUACAUCGAAGAGCACCACCACAGCGGAGGCGCAGCUGGCGGACGCUGGUACGGCGCAGGUCGUCCUGCUCGUCCCUCGCGUGCUGGCUCGGAGAAGCACAGCGGCGCAAAGAAGGGUCUCGGCAUUGCCGCUGGUCUUGGUGGCCUGGCGCUUGCAUUGGGUCUGAAGAAACACCAGGACCACAAGGCGGACGACAAGAGCACUACUGUCAGCGGAACAUCAUACAUGUACAGCGACUACACGAGUACAAGCAGCGCAAGCUCAUCAGACCGACACACUCGCCGAACACGACACUCGUCAAGGCGAUAAUCUCGUCGUCUUAUUCACGUUUCCUGCUGGAAUUCUUGAAUUGUACAAAGUCACAUGUUUUUUUCUUCCUUUCGCGUCGUCUAGUCCGCUACUAGACGCAAUGUUUUAUGAGCAUGCUACCGGUUUAUC